GGGAAGUUGGGCAAAGGGCUCGGCUCCUGCGGAGGAGGCGGAGGCUGGGACCACGGUGCUCAGGUAUCCCCUCUGUCUUUUGCUCUGGAUUUGUUUGUCCGUCUAGUAAGAAAGCACGUCCUGCACCCCGCCCGAUUGUGGUCAGAACGCGGCGCGGACUUUUGGUGGCGGCAGAUGCAAGGAGGACCGACGCAGGAGUGAGAAGGCAGCGGCCUGACCAGCGGAGGGCCCGGAACUCUGGCAGUGGCGCCGCGGCCUGGAACGGACGUGAACCCUCGGGGCCCGAAGAGGGGCCGCUGGGUCUGACCCGGGAGUCUAAAGGCCAGACACAGCCAUCUUGACUGAGGCCAGAAAGGAAACUUGCGGCUCGCCGCCCUCCGAACCUUCGCUGCUGGGAGCCACACGAAGUGUCUGAGCGUGCAGGAGGACCUACACGAGCUCAGGAGGAUGAGCCCGGGGGCCACCACUCCUCUCCGGGAGGGCUGAGUGCGACUCAGAGGGCGCGGGACAGACCCUGUGGAAUUGUGGCGCGUCUGCGGUCACCCCAGGAGAGGCGUGGGGGAGGGCCGGACGACUCCUGCCUAGGUUUCCGACCCUGCUGCCACAGUCUCUGCCUGAAAAGGAGAUAGAUUGUUGGCAUUCUCCUCUCCGCAGAGAAAAGCGGGACAAGACCCUCUGGUCGCCUGCUCUCUCUCAGGUUCCUCACCGUGGAGCCCUUCUGCGCGCCGCCUAGAGAAGGAGGACGUGUGGUCCCGGCGCGCAGCAUGGAGUGGGGUUACCUGUUGGAAGUGACCUCGCUGCUAGCCGCCUUGGCGGUGCUACAGCGCUCUAGCGGCGCUGCCGCGGCUUCGGCCAAGGAGCUGGCGUGCCAAGAGAUCACGGUGCCGCUGUGCAAGGGCAUCGGUUACAACUACACCUACAUGCCCAACCAGUUCAACCACGACACGCAAGAUGAGGCGGGCCUAGAGGUGCACCAGUUCUGGCCGCUGGUCGAGAUCCGGUGCUCCUCGGACCUCAAGUUCUUUCUGUGUAGCAUGUACACGCCCAUCUGCCUGGAGGACUACAAGAAACCUCUGCCGCCUUGUCGCUCUGUGUGUGAACGCGCCAAGGCCGGCUGCGCGCCGCUCAUGCGCCAGUACGGCUUUGCCUGGCCUGACCGCAUGCGCUGCGAUCGGCUGCCCGAGCAGGGCAACCCCGACACUCUGUGCAUGGACUACAACCGCACCGACCUCACCACGGCCGCACCCAGCCCACCGCGCCGCCUGCCGCCGCCGCCUCCGCCCGGAGAGCAGCCGGCCUCCGGCAGCGGCCACAGCCGCCCGCCAGGGGCCAGGCCCCCACCUCGUGGCGGCAGCAGUAGGGGCAGCGGGGACCCGGCGGCUGCGCCCUCCUCGCGCGGCGGGAAGACGAGGCCCCCUGGUGGCGGCGCCGCUCCCUGCGAGCCCGGGUGCCAGUGCCGCGCGCCCAUGGUGAGUGUGUCCAGUGAACGCCACCCGCUCUACAACCGCGUCAAGACCGGCCAGAUCGCCAAUUGUGCGCUGCCCUGCCACAACCCCUUCUUUAGCCAGGAUGAGCGCGCCUUCACCGUCUUCUGGAUCGGCCUGUGGUCGGUGCUCUGCUUCGUCUCCACCUUCGCCACCGUCUCUACCUUUCUCAUCGAUAUGGAGCGCUUUAAGUACCCGGAACGGCCCAUCAUAUCUGGCGCGGGGGCGGCGGGAGCGGGGGCGAGCAGCCCGGGGGCGCGCGGCGAGUACGAGGAGCUGGGCGCAGUGGAGCAGCACGUGCGCUAUGAGACCACUGGCCCCGCGCUGUGCACGGUGGUUUUCCUCCUUGUCUACUUUUUUGGCAUGGCCAGCUCCAUCUGGUGGGUAAUCCUGUCGCUCACGUGGUUCUUGGCGGCUGGCAUGAAGUGGGGCAACGAGGCCAUAGCAGGCUACUCGCAGUACUUCCACCUGGCCGCGUGGCUCGUGCCCAGCGUCAAGUCCAUCGCGGUGCUGGCGCUCAGCUCCGUGGACGGCGACCCGGUGGCGGGCAUCUGCUACGUGGGCAACCAGAGCCUUGACAACCUACGCGGCUUUGUGCUGGCGCCACUAGUCAUCUACCUCUUCAUUGGGACUAUGUUUCUGUUAGCUGGCUUCGUGUCGCUGUUCCGAAUCCGUUCAGUCAUCAAGCAGCAAGGAGGCCCAACUAAGACACACAAGCUAGAAAAGCUCAUGAUCCGCUUGGGCCUCUUCACCGUGCUCUACACCGUGCCCGCCGCCGUCGUUGUCGCCUGCCUUUUCUAUGAGCAGCACAACCGACCGCGCUGGGAGGCCACUCACAACUGCCCUUGCCUUCGGGACCUGCAACCAGACCAGGCUCGCAGGCCCGAUUAUGCGGUCUUCAUGCUCAAGUACUUCAUGUGCCUAGUGGUGGGCAUCACAUCGGGCGUGUGGGUCUGGUCCGGCAAGACUCUGGAGUCCUGGCGCGCGUUAUGCACUCGCUGCUGCUGGGCCAGCAAGGGCGCUGCCUUAGGCGCCGGCGCUGGAGGCACAGGUCCUGGGGGUGGUGGCCCUGGGCCCGGCGGGGGUGGAGGGCAUGGCGGAGGCGGGGGAUCCCUCUACAGCGACGUCAGCACCGGCCUGACGUGGCGGUCUGGCACGGCUAGUUCUGUAUCUUACCCUAAGCAAAUGCCAUUGUCCCAGGUCUGAACCCUGAACAGACGCCCAGAAGGGGCGGAGAGGGGUGGGGGAUGGAGAACCUGAGGGCGGCAAAGGGACCCCAGACCGGCUGGGGUUCCCACCCCUUCACCGUGUUGACUGCUAUUAGCAUGAUAAUGAACUCUUAAUGGUAUCCAUUAGCCGCAGGGACUUAAAUGACUCCCUUAGAACAAAGUACCUGGCAUUGAAGCCUCCCAGACCUAGCCCCUCCCCUCCGAUGCCACGGAGCGCCUACCCUAGACAAUGGUUUCAGUGGGCUAGGAUAGUUGGAACCCUCCUGGAUACCCUGGAGGAGUCUUGAGGUAAUACCACUACAGACUUCACCCAAGGGACUGCUUCACCCUCAACUACGUCAGCAUAAAUUCAAGCCCUUAUAUACCCUAGAAGAGGGACAACUGCUACCUUGUGGGACUGAACAGUUUGGGUAUUCUUAAUGACCAGGCAGAUGCCUUAAAUAAACAAAAAAAAUGUCUUAAUUAUACACCCCAAGUAAAUACGGGUUUCUUACAUUAAAGGAUGUAUUUAUAUAAUUAUUUGUUAAGUUGUAAAAAAAAGUGUAAAAUAUGUAUAUAUCCAAAGAUAUACAAUGUGUACAUUAUUUGUAAAAAGUUUAGAGACUACCCUGUAAGAACAAAUAUAAGUAUUCUAUUUUGUCAAUAAAAUGACUUUUGAUAAAUGAUUUAAGUACCACCCUGUCCCCCACCUCUUCUGAAUUGUCCCCCUUCUGCUUGCUGAGGACACGUGAGGAAAUGGACAUUUUCUGGCUUGCCAUUUUGUACUGACUUUAGGCAUGGAGACAAUUACCUGUUAACUUCUAAUUCUUAAACUGUUAGCAAAGUAAAUGUCAUUGUUGAAUUGAAAUCAAAGUCACGCUUUUUGCACUUUCCCCCAAAAUGGUGUUUUUCAUGGUCUCUCUUUGCUGACCUGUGGGUUACAGCUCUUCAUGGUGUGUGUGGAUCGACAGUUUGCAAAGGUGGCCAUUCCACUUGGCCUGUUUAUUUAGCUGGUAUAAUGCCACUUAAAUUGAAACAGCAACCCUAUGUGAGUAUCUUCAGUCUGUGAUUUUGAAAGCACUGGCCUUUUACAGACUUGGCCACACUCAGAAAUGUGGAGGUUAGUAUUUGAGGCCACAGGUCACCUCUGUACUGUAAGUCACUUGACAAUCUGGUGUAGCAGAGCAGGUGCUGGCUAACAGAUUAAACGAAUGGGUUAACUUCUUAA